GCUACGCUAGUGGACCGUCGACUAAGCAUUCUUUUAGUUGCGUUUCCAGGAUUUCCUUGCGAAAUUCCUAGAGCUUUCCCAGCAAGCUUAGGGGAUCUAUAAGAGAGGCUCCUUGCUCGCUCAUCUGCGGGAGGAAUGAGGAAGUCUGGUGGCCACUCGGUGCAGAAGUCGAAGACGGUGGGACCUCCGCCGCAGCAGAAGCGAACGAGCUCAACUCAAGCCGCCUCUCCAAGCUCGGAUUUUUCUCCAGGCUACGGAUCACAGCAGCAGGAAGGGAUUUGCGAGUUCCAGGAUGUGCUCGACUUGCUGCAGAGAAAGGGAAGAAAGACGAGCAAGAAGGAAUUGGGUAAGGCUCUCGAGUCGCUGGGCUACAACGCUACGCAGGAGGAGCUCCAAGAGAUGAUCGACGGCGUCACUGCCGGAAGCGACGAUCCCUGCCCUGUCGAUAUCUCAUACUUCAUGGAGUUAAUAGCCAAAAAGAUGAAGGAUGAAGAUUCGUCCGUGAGAUUGAGAGAAGCGUUCGCGAACUUCGACAAGGAUAAGAACGGAUUCAUCUCGGCAUCAGAGCUCUCGAAUGUGCUCAAGACGAUGGGCCAAGACCUGACUGACAAGGAUUUGGAUCGGAUGAUCGAGCUCGCUGACAUCGACGGUGACGGCCAAGUAAACUACGAAGAAUUUGUGAACAUGAUGAUGGCCAGGAAUGAAUAGGAGUUAACAGGUGGUGGAAUAUUCUCUCCCGCGUUUGGAAUGGAUAUUCCGGUAGCUCUUUUAAAGCAUAUUCUGGUCCGGCGUGGUA